AUGGGGAAAGCCUACAGCAUUGGCCUGGCUUGCUUCGCAGCCAUAGGCUCCUUUCUAUUCGGCUACGACUCUGGUGUUAUGACAGAUGUCAUCGCCUCGAAGCACUUCCAAAACUACUUCGACACAACAUCCACUUCUUCCAUCAUAGGGGCCAUUAACUCUACAUUCAGUGGGGGUGCGGUAUUCGGAGCCUUGUUUGGUGGAGUGAUUAUGGAUAAAUUUGGUCGAAGGAAGACUAUUGGCAUUGGUGCAUUUAUUUGCACGAUUGGUGGUGUUCUCCAAGCUGCCUCUUACCACCUUGCUAUGAUGCUAAUCGGACGGAUCAUUGCUGGCUUUGCCGUUGGUCUACUCUCUAUGAGUGUCCCAGUAUAUCAAAGCGAAUGCGCCUCUCCUAAGAACCGAGGCCUCAUCGUUGGACUCGCCCAACAAAUGAUCGGGGUCGGCUUCAUUGUCUCUACUUGGGUUGGAUACGGCAGCCAUCACAUGCCUGAUACUUCAUCCUUCCAAUGGCGAUUCCCUCUUGCAUUCCAAGCAUUUCCUUCCGCGCUGUUAUGCCUGGGUAUGCUCUGGCUUCCCGAAACUCCUCGCCAUCUCAUUGCGACCGACCAAUUGGACGAUGGGUUGAGGACACUACGGAAGUUGCACUUCGACGGCUCAAAUGAAGACUGGAUCAAGUCUGAGUUCAAUGAGAUCAAGCUUACUAUAGACGCCGAGAAGGCUGCCACUGCACCAGGCUGGCUGAUUAUGUUCAAGGUACCACAGUGGCGAAAGCGACUUAUGCUUGGAACUCUGGUACAGGUGUUUACUCAGUUUACUGGAAUUAAUGUAAUCGGAUACUACCAAACCAUCAUGUAUGAGAGCCUUGGCAUUACUGGUAAGACGAGUCUGCUCGUGGCAGGGAUUUACAACUGCACUGGCCCCCUCGCGAACUUGGUCUUCAUCACCUUGAUCUCGGAUAGAAUUGGCCGAAAGAGGCCUCUUAUUUAUGGUAUCAUCGCCAUCACCAUCGCUUUAAUCCUAGAGAGCGUUGUCAACAGCCAAAAUGUCGACGGCAAGCACCACGGCCUUAGUAUCGCUGGCGUUGCUUUCUUAUUCUGCGUCACUGUCAUCUUCUCACUAUCCUUCGGUCCCGUUAGUUGGACGUACAUGGCCGAAAUCAUGCCUUAUCAGAUACGAGGUAAAGGAUGUGCUUUUGCCACAGGCAUCGGAAACUGGCUCGUCUCGACCUUUUGGAACCAAGUCAGUCCUUUGGCACUCAAAGAAUUAGGCUGGAAAUUUUACUUUCUAUUCGUUGCGUUCAACAUUGUCAUUACUCUUCCUACUCUCAUCUUCGCCUUCCGAGAGACAAAGGGUCUGUCUCUUGAAGAGAUCGACCUUAUGUUUGGAGAUCGAGCUCUAGGAAAUCUACCAGGGGAUCUUGAGAAGGAUGGCGGCGUUGUUGCUGUGACAAAUUCGCACGAUGAAAAGCCCGACUCAAAACUGUAG